AUGUUGUUCCAGAAUAUACCGUUCCGUAGAGAACUACACAGUGGAUGCGCCAUCGGCACGUCGAUCACCUGCACAGCGCAGGCAUUCGAGGCGAGGCCGAAAACUUUCUCCAUACAGCUGAUUUCUGCGAAUGAUAUCGCGAUCCUUGUCACGCUACCAAUUGCAAAAAAUGGACAGAUUACAGCUAGUGCACGAGUGGACGGAAGAUUCACUAGUGAGAUGGAGAAACCGAUCUUUCUUCCGCUUCAGACAAAAUUCACACUGCGCCUUCACGUUGCUCAGUACGUCAUCGAGAUCUACUUCAACAACGAUCAUAUCAUGGAUUUUGUGCAUCGAGUGAGUCCAUCGGAAAUUAAAGCAGUGGCCAUUGAAGGGCCGUUGAUUGUUGACGAGGUCGUCUUCACUCCCCCGCAAGGUGCUUGCCUGGAUCCGCUACCAACAUACGAAGAGGCGACAGGUUCUUCAAUAAAUCCGGUUCCCGAGCUCCGGUGUAUGAAUAUAGAGAAGAGUCCGCAGCAAUUCGUACCGACCGCGUUCCAACAGUUUCAAAGUCAUCCGCUCUCCAGCACUCCGUCUAUUCUCUCCACGUCUUCCUCAUCAAAUCUUCAACCAGGAGCUUCUCAACUCCUACCAACUCCCUAUCCAACUAGCUUUCCACCCAAUAUAGCACAAAUUCCAACUUACCAAACAUCCGUUUACCCAAAUAAUUCCCAGGCAUUCAUUUAUGGGUCAGUCCUACCUGGAACAUCAUAUCCGCAACAACCCAUGUCCCGACCGUGUGCUUCAACGCCGCAAUAUCCAAUCUCUUAUGCAGGGCCACAACCAUACGUGCAUCCACAAUUCACCUCAGCAGUUCCAGGAACUCAGAUCCAUCCCCAGUAUAAUCUUUAUCAACAUCGGCCUCCAUUCCAGUAUCCACCUAUGAUCGGACCCGUCGAACAUGUUGGGCCCUACACUCAUGGAUACGUGCCUCACCAUUAUGGAACCUAUCCGAUUAUCUAUGGAUCAACAUGCCAUAGCAUUAAACUCAAUUGUUCAAAAACUGAAGAGUUACUGAUUUCUGAGCUUAUCGAUUCUCCCAGCAACACCGCCACCCAUUUCAGUAUCGUCGUUCGAAUUCGUGUUGCUCGGAUUGUUGAAAUCACGGUCCAGAGAAGAUUCAAUACCAUUGUUCACCUCGUCGUUUAA